UUUCUGGGGGAGAGAGGCUUGCUUUCUCCUAAAACAUUCCUCCCCGACCCCGUGCUCCCCCCACCCUCGCCCCUUUCUCUCUCGUGUACAUCCGGGGAGGGAAGAGGGUUCUGGUGGGGUGGGGGCAGGGGGCGCAGGCCCGGCGUGGGCAGGUUUCUGACCUGGCUGUCAUGUUCCUCUUCCCCCCGGGUAUUAGAAGGUCUCAUUCCCUCUGCGUUAAUUGGCAUUAUUUUUAUUGUCUACUUCCCGUACCAGUGGUCUCAGUGUGUGAGCCCUGGUACAGCACUGUUAGUAUCACCAAAUAAUUUCUUGGAAAUGUAUAUCCAAGAGCCCCAACCCGGGCUUGUGGACCAGAAACUGGGUGUGCGGUCUGCACAUUGACAGCCCCUUCUGGUGGUUUAAUGCGCGACGUGUCCUAGGACUUGGGGAUCUGCAGGGAGCAAAACAACAUCUUUGAACUCACAGAGCUCAUUUUUCAGGCAUGACGUUUAGUUUCUUUAGCAAGGAACACUAAUUAUUGCUGUGGUUGAGGCUAAAUGCCAUGCUGGCAGUUGUGCUUCACAGAGGUGGGGAAUAAGGCCAACUAGAGAGUUCAAGGUGUGGCUCAGCGGUAGCAACCUGACUAAUAUGCGUGAGGACUAGAGUUCAAUCCCUGGCCUCUUUCAGUGGGUUAAGGAUCCGGGUCUUGCUGUGGCUGUGGUGUGUAGUUCUUUGGCUGCAGCUCCCAUUCAACCCUAGCCUGGGAAUUUACAUAGGCUCCUGGUGCUGCCCUAAAAAGACAGGAAAAAAAAAAAAAAAGGCCAGCCAUUCCUAAUUAGUGCAUCUGCUUUUAGUGUCACUUCUCUUCUUGUCCUAGUUGUCUCCUAAUGUAGAGGGUCUCUUGCUGGGAGUCCAGUUUCCAUCUGUGCUGCAGAUCCCACUUCUACACUAGGAAACAGCUUCCUUUAUUGGUCAAUAACCUGUAAGAGAUUAUAGGCACUUAAUCCUUUUUAGGAGUUCCCGUCGUGGCGCAGCGGGAACGAAUCUGACUAGGAACCAUGAGGUUGUGGGUUCGAUCCCUGCCUUUGCUCAGUGGGUUAAGGAUCUGGUGUUGCUGUGAGCUGCGGGGGGUCAGUGACAUUCAGCGAUGUGGCCAUAGACUUCUCCCAGGAGGAGUGGGAAUGGCUUCAGCCUGCUCAAAGGGAUUUGUACAGACAUGUAAUGUUGGAGAACUAUGGCCACCUGGUCUCACUGGCAGGUCUUAACAUUUCGAAGCCAGAUGUGGUUUCCUUAUUGGAGCAAGGGAAAGAGCCCUGGCUGGGGAAAGGAGAUGUGAACAGAGACCUGUUUUCAGCUUCAGAGUCAAAUGGUGAGAUCAAAGAAUUUUCUCAAAAAAGUAUCAUAUAUGAAGAUGACUCAUUCCAGUAUUUGAUGGUGGAAAGGUUUCUAAGCCAAGGUUCUGAGUGUUCCAGUUUUAAAGAAGGCUGGAAACGUGUGGGUGGUACUGAGAUACUGCAGGGAAACCCGGAAUGUAUCAGGCAAGUGACAGUUUCCCAUCAGGAAGCCCUGUCCCAACAUCUGAGUGUCAGUACUGUGGAGAGACCCUAUGGAUGCCAUGAAUGUGGAAAGACUUUCAGUCGGCGCUUUUCCCUUGUGUUACAUCAGAGGACUCACACUGGAGAGAAACCCUAUGUGUGUAAAGAAUGUGGCAAAACCUUCAGCCAAAUCUCAAAUCUUGUGAAACAUCAGAUGAUACAUACUGGAAAGAAACCACAUGAGUGUAAAGACUGUAAUAAAACAUUUAGUUACCUUUCAUUCCUCAUUGAACACCAGAGAACACAUACUGGGGAGAAACCCUACGGAUGUACCGAAUGUGGAAAGGCCUUUAGCCGUGCCUCUAACCUCACGCGACAUCAGAGAAUUCACAUAGGAAAGAAACAGUAUGUAUGUAGGAAAUGUGGGAAGGCCUUCAGCAGUGGCUCUGAACUCCUUCGCCAUCAGAUUACACACACUGGAGAGAAACCUUAUGAAUGCAUUGAGUGUGGGAAGGCAUUUCGCCGUUCUUCACACCUUACCCGGCAUCAGAGUGUCCAUACCUCCAAAACCCCCUAUGAAUGCAACGAAUGCAGUAAAGCCUUCCGUUGCCAUUCAUUCCUCCUUAAACAUCAGAGAAUUCAUGCUGGAGAAAAGCUCUAUGAAUGUGAUGAAUGUGGUAAAGUUUUCGCAUGGCAUGCAUCCCUUGCACAACAUAUGAAAAUCCAUACUGGAGAAAAACCCUAUGCAUGUACUGAAUGUGACAAAACCUUUAGUCGGAGCUUCUCCCUCAUUCUACACCAGAUAACUCAUACUGGGGAGAAACCCUAUGUAUGUAAAGUAUGCAAUAAAUCCUUCAGCUGGAGCUCAAACCUUGCUAAACAUCAGAGGACACACACUCUACAUAACCCCUUUGAGUAUGGAAAUUCGUUUAACUACCACUCAUUCCUUACUGAACACCAGGAAAUUCACACCAUAGUCAAAACCUAAGAAUGUAUGGAUUGAUAAACAAAAGCAGCUAAUGCCUUACUUUGAUUGCAGAGAACUCUUGGAAAGAAGCCUUAUAUGAAUGUGUUGAAUGUGACAAAAUGUGGUCUCUAUUCAACGUCCUGGAGAAAAACCCCAGGAAUAUGUGGGAAAGCCAUUAAUAGCUGCUCACUCUCUGUAAAAUCAGAAGACAAAAUCAGUCUGUAUUGAGAUUUUUCAUGUGGUAGGAUUCCCUAGACCUACAUUCGUAAAUUCCUACCAGGAAAGUAUACAUGUCCAGUAAAUGUGAGAAACUUUUUAAAGAGGUGAGGUCAUAUUCUGCCCCUGUCAGCUCAAGCAGGACAGAAUGCAUGGGUGAGGGUGUACUUUUUCCUGGACAUCAGAAAAUUCAUAAUGAAGGAAAAUCAUACACAAUGAUUUAGGAAUGCCUUCAUGUACCAUGUAAUACUUACUAAAUUGUAAAUACUUUUCUAAGGAGAAAAAGCACCCUCUAAAAGAACCUAACAUAGAGUGACUGCAGUAUUUCAGACCUACAGAAUUAUCCUGAGAAAACCACCAUUGUAAUGACUGGGCAGAACCUUAGAACUCCAGGAAGUUACACUGAGAGAGCGAGCCAGGAAGGGAGUUUUUUUUUUGGGGGGGGGAGUGAUUGUUUUGGCUUUGUUUUUUAAAAGCAAAUUCAGAAAAGCUAUAAAUAAACCUUUUGAUUCAUGGUAAA